AUGAGCUACAUACACCCACCAGAACCUCCGCCCUACAGCAGCACCCACAUGGCAACAGCUUCUAACGGUUUUUACAACGUUCCUUCAUCCGCUCCAACCACACACGGUAUGAGUCCAAUGAUGAUGAGCAGCAAUUUUGGUAGAGCCAAGCUUCACUCACCUGAUGUUGUGCAGGAAUUAAUCAUGAGUUUUGUUCGGCAACAACAGGAUAGGCAAGCAGAGGAGGAAAAGCCUGUGACUGCCAAUCCUAUGGAGAUACUUUAUACCUUCAUGUCAUACUUUAACUCUUGGAAGUUGCAAAAUACAACUUCAUUGCCCACUACUGUUGUUCCUCAUAGCAGCAGUGACAUAUCAAAGGCAGACAAGGUGGACUUGUUGAGCGAUGAGGAUGUUGUGAAUUGUUUUGUAAUUAUCAUGCACUGUAUUGUUAGGGACAGGUACACAGACCCUUCUCUUUUUUCAGGUUACAUCAAACAAUCGAUUGACUCGAUUGUUCAAAUUAGCAGACUACAAUCUGUGCGUUAUUGA